CAGGAAAGCUAUCAAACGUGCCCACGAGGCCUAAAACCCUACACGAAAAAUCUCUCCCCCACCGUUACUGGACGGCGGCCAUCUCUUCGCCGACCAAAAACGCCGGCGCAACCAUGCGCCCCUUCCACCCUCCCCGCCCCAACCCCAACCAACACCACCGCCCACGGCCCGGCGGCGACCCGGGCCCGCCUCACCUUCCGGGUACCCCCAUGCACCCCGCCUUCCCGCCGCCUGUCCCCAACCUCGCCGCCGCCGCCGCCAACCCAAUGGCUGCAGCGGCGGCGGCCAACCCUUUCCUGGCGCUGCAGCUCCUCGGCCAGGCCCAGCAGCUCCAGAAUCUCGGAUUCCUCGCCGCCGCCGCGCUCCAGCAGCAGCAGCAGCAGCAGCAGGCGCCGUUUUUCCCCGGAGGGUUCCCGGCGAACCCCAAUCAGUUUGCGCCCUUCGCGGGCGGCCCGCGGCCUGCCGGUUUCAAUGGCGGCGGGGCGUUUCGGCCUGGCGGUCCUGGGUUUUGUGGCCCGCGGCCACCCAGUCCCAUGAUGAGCCCUGCGGGGAACGGUUCCAACAACAAUAACAACGCUGGAAGCGGGGGAGCAUCGAGGCCGAUUCUUAACGUUUGGAGGAAGGACCACAACAGCAAAGCUGGCAGCGGUGGCACGCCGGGGCCAAUUCUCGACGUUGGGAGGAAGGACCAGAAUUGCAGUGCUGACGGCAAUGGCGAGGUGUAUCACUUUGAGAAUAAAGCAGAUGGCAUAUCUAAUUUUGCCUCUGAAAGUGGGAACAAAAUAACAGACCAGAAAUCCGGAUUUAGCGCUGGAAGAGAUGGUAGAGGUGGCAGGCAAUUUGGUGCCUUUAGAGGGAGGGGCAGAGGAAGGCACCCUAAUCAAAGUCGUGGAAGAGGAAGCACCAACUGGGGAGAAACAAAAUCAAACUUCAUGGGGCGCAAAAGUUCAGCAUCAGGGCAUUGCAGUGAUAUUCCAGCUCCAGCAUCUGGAGGACGCCGAAAGCCCCCUCGAAUAAUUUAUGAUGCAAAUGAAGUUAAACGAUGGGUAGAGGCACGAAAGAAGAACUACCCUACAAGUGUCAACGUACAUAAGAAGUUGUCUGAGAUAAAUUCAGAUAAUGAAAACAAGGACAAAGAUGCCCAGCUACGACGUCAGGAACUGAAGGAAGUCCUAGCAAAGCAGCAAGAACUGGGUUUUGACCUACCUGAGCUACCACCUGGCUAUCUAUCAGAAACUGGGGAUCAAUGCAUUGAAAAUAAAAAUAAUAGGAAAGCUCAAUGCAGGGAUUCUCAUUUUGGAAAUCGUUCCAAUAAUAACAAAAGACCAAGGUAUGAGCGUGGAGGUUUUCAGUCUAAAAGAUCUAAGGUAUGGAACCGUACUCCUUGUGCUGAUGAUGCAAUGGCCAAGAGCAGAGAACCAACCCUCCUGCAGAAGCUUCUUAGCUCUGAUAUAAAGAGGGAUAGACAUAGACUUCUCCACGUGUUCAAAUUCAUGACCUUGAACAAUUUCUUUAAGGACUGGCCUGAUAAGCCUCUACAGUUUCCUAGUGUUAAGGUGAAUCAGAUUGAAAUAGGAAGUACUAUUGGUACAGAUGACUUGGAUAAUGCCGAGAUGGCCAACGACAGCAUCCUUGGUGUAAAUGAAAAUGGUGAUUGUAAAGAGUUGAGCUCGAUUGAUGAAGAAGAUACUGAUAGUGCCAACCACAACGAUGAAGACGUCGAUGGCGUUAGUGCUGACAGCAGCAUUGAGGAUGGGGCCGAGGAGGAGGAUGCGUACCAAGAGCAGUUUAAUGAGCCUGAAGAUGAUACUGCAGUCUGAAAAUUUUAUUUACUGAACUGGGUAUCCAAAUUAAAAAGACAAAGCGCUUCUCCUUGUGUAAAGGUGACUCUGCACAACACAUUCUAUAGCUCUUCGCAUAUUCCAGGAGAGGUCUGGUGUUUAAAGAAACUUUGUUGUAGUUGAAUUGUUAUGUUGUCUCCAAGGAAUAUAUGUACAUCACAUUUCGUCGAUGCGCGGACGUGUUCUUUGUCCUUCCCUGAAUGUAUACAAAACACAGCAGCAUGCUCUUUGUAAUGCUCUGACCUUCGUCCCUCGCAGGACAGUCUCCCAGCAUUCUGCGCAAAGAGUUACAUGUAAGGCUUGUUGCAUGUAUGUACGAACUUUAAAAUUUAA